AUUGCUUUCUGUCUGGGGUUAGGAGAGCCAGAUUUUGGCUUCUUCCUCCUCCUCCUCCUCUCCCCCCGGGGACUCGCUCUGUUCUGCCCGCCCUGCACAGGCUCAGCUUGGGCAACCCUGCAACCUCUGCUCGUUCCAGCACUCAACAAGGCUGACCCCGUCCGGCUAUUUCCAGGGCUUUGUUCGGAUGAGAUUUGUGUUUGUGUAAAUAAAUGGAUAAAAUAGUUAACUGUCUGUAUCGAAGACCUGAAGCUCUUUUCAGACUCAUCUGCUUUCCCUGGGCUGGAGGUGGAUCUAUUCAUUAUGCUCAGUGGGGAAAACACUUUACCAGUUUGAUAGAAGUUUACUCUAUACGCCUUCCUGGAAGAGAAACCCGUUCUAAGGAGCCUAUUACACAAAGCAUUGAGCAGCUUAUUGAAGAAAUUUCCAGCGUCUUGCUGCCCUGCCUUAAGGAGAAGCCUUUUGCAUUUUUUGGUCACAGUUUUGGAGCAUACCUCAGUUUUGCUACAGCAGCGCUGAUACAGAAAAAUCAUGGUUUAGAACCUGUACACCUUUUUGUAUCUGGUGCUUCAGCACCACAUCAGUCUCCAGCUCGUUAUCCCAUUCAUAAGAAGUCAGAUCUCCCGGACGAUGAAUUUCUGAAAUGGAUGACGUCUAUUGGUGGUACCCCAUCUGAAAUUCUUGCCAAUAAAGCCAUUCUGCAAAUGUUUGUCCCCGUGUUAAAAGCAGAUCUUAGGCUUGUGGAAUCAAUUAGAUAUGAAAAACCCCAAGACAAGCUCUUCACGUGUUCCAUCAGUAGCUUCGAUGGGAAAGAUGAUGUACCACAUGACCUUGAAGCCUGGAGUGAUUUAACAAGUGGCGAAUUUACCAUCCAUAAGCUUCCUGGAGCUCAUUUUUACCUCAAAGAACCAGAUAAUGAGAAGUUUUUAAUAGCUUAUAUUACAAAGCAUUUAGAGACUGCUGAAGUACACUACCUUUAAAGACCAGAAACCUUUAUGAAUUGAAUAAGUUCUAAAUACUCACCCUACAUGAUAUGGAGACCUCAAUUUAGGAAGUUACUGGUAUAAUCACGAUGUGGCCUACAACUGUUCAACUUGUAACUCUUAACACAGAGGGUUCAUCUAUAUUAAAGGUUCUGUUUCUUUAUUUUACAAAGAAAAUGAAAUGCAUGAACAGUACAGAAAAUAGAGACAGAUUUUUAAAUUAUUAAUAUUGUUGUUAUUGUUGAGAAUCAACUUGUUUUGGCAUGACACACCUCUGGGAAAGGUGAGAAUCCAGAUCACCUAGCCCAGAGAUAGGGACAUUAACAUUGUAUCACUAGAUUCUUAUUAAUAUGACUCUGACUACAUGAUUUUUCAAAUUAGUCCCUCAGCUCUUUGAGCUUUUAUUCAGUAUGUUUUAUGGCUAAUCAUAUACACGUAGUACAACAUUGUAAAAGGAUUCCAUUUCAAAAGUUAUGAAUUUCUGUAAUGUUGUACCAAACUUAGACAAUUUAUUAUGCCAUUUUGUACAUUUGUGAUGUAUUUUUAUUUCAUUUAAACACUUUGAACUUGCACCUUGUGUAAGCACAAUUUGAAGAUCUCAUAUUAUCACAAAAAAAUCCUCUUUAUUUUAACACAUGGAUCUAUCGGGUGACGAUCCAGGCAGAAUUCUUAGAGUAGUUUGAGAUUCACAUUCUGCUUCAAGUUGGAACUCCCUCCCAUUGAGCUAUACAAUCGUUCCACCCUCUAGGAAUUUUGAGACCAACAUGCUUAUUUAUCCAUAAAUGUUUUUUUCAUUUCCUGUAAAAUCCAUUAAAAUAAUUUUUGUGGUGUUUUCUCCAUACAUGAAAAUGAAAGACAUACACAUACAUUUUAUAAUGGUUUUGUUUUAUGCUUGUACCAUAGAAGGUUCAAUGUUUCAAUCAUGUCUGUCAAAAAUAGAGGAAAGAGACCUUAUUCAAAAUGGAGUGAGAUGUUUUCCAUGUUUAUGUCAGCUUUAUUCUUAGCAAGACAAGUUUCAGAGUUUUAUCAUGACAUUUGUGGAAGAGCUGUAUAUUUUAGUAGCUGUUAAGGUAUAUGUUACAGUUACAAUUAUGAAUUCACAAACUAUAAUUCUUCUAGGCAGUAUUAAAAAUCAUUCUCUGGUUGUUGAUGAGGUUCUCACUUAUUCUUCCAUCCCUAGAUAUCUUGAAGUAUUUUGCUAAGCCAUUUCAGAGGGCAAUUAAGAGACAACCACUUUGGAAUCAGUUAUAUUAAUGAUUUAAAGAUCUGGUGUGCUGCUGGGAUCUAUCUGUACUUAAACUGUCAUCUAAAGACUGGCAUGUAAGUUGAAAGAAAACAGGAGAAAAAUAAAUUACUUUUAAAAUACUGCAUGAAGGCAUAAAUAUUAAGAUACAAAAGCACUAUGAAAAACUGUUAUUAAUUCCAUUACAAUCUAGGUACACUAUAA